AUGAACCCUCUCAUCCUCACCUGUUUCCUGUGCUUCGUCUGCAGUGCUCUAAGUGCUCAGGGAUCUACAACCACACAGUCAGGUGACCAAGUCGGAGUGACUGUCGACCUGGCCUCAGGGGAAGGCCUCCAGAAUUUGCACAGCGAUGAUGAUGAGUUGGAAGAUGAAGUGAUUUCAGGAGGAGAUGAUGAAAAUGUCAACUUGCAUCCCAACAGAGAUGAGAAGAAGAAAAGGAAGGUCAAAGACAAGAGGAGGAACAGACACAAGGGCAAAAGCACAACUCCUUUCAACCCCGAACACAUGGUCUUCACUAGUGGACACACAUCCACUCUCAGGACCAAUGAGGAUCCCUGCAACACCUCCCACCUGGGCUACUGCAUUCAUGGAUACUGCAAGCACAUAGACGGCCUGCAUGAACCAGUUUGUAUAUGUAUGAAGGGUUAUGAUGGAGAGCGCUGUGGGAUCCAGACUCUGGGGACAGUCAAAAAUGAGCCCACCGAGACCAACAAUGCUGAGCUGGUGCAGACAGUCUUAGUGGUCAUUGCCGUGGUUCUUUCAGUCAUCAGUUGUACCGCCAUACUGCUUAUGACCUGUGCUCAUUACAGGUCACAUAAAAACUUCCUGGCCUCCUACCUUGGAACCGUGUCAGAGCAGGAGAAGCUUCAGAAACAGCCUGGUGACAUUGUCGUUUGA